UUGCAAUAUCUCGCCGUCCAGAUAGAGAAGUAGUGAGUACACAUAUAUCUCUCUCAUGGCGGUAGCCUCCACCCUACUCGGCGGCGCUACAAUUACCACCCAACUCACUCGCUUCACUGGCCUCCGCAAAUCCUUCCCCAAUCUUGAUGACUCCGCCUCCACCACUCCGCGCUCGUUUGCACAGAAAGUCGACUCGCAUCUCCGCCUCGCAUCUACGAAUAAAGGCAGUCGCGGUGUCGUUGCCAUGGCAGGCACCGGAAAGUUUUUUGUUGGUGGAAAUUGGAAAUGUAAUGGGACUAAAGAGUCCAUAAGCAAGCUUGUUUCUGACUUAAACAGUGCAACGUUGGAAUCUGAUGUCGAUGUUGUCGUCGCACCACCUUUUGUGUACAUUGAGCAAGUAAAGAACUCAUUAUCCGAUCGAAUAGAGAUAUCUGGCCAAAAUAGUUGGAUUGGAAAAGGUGGUGCUUUUACUGGAGAAAUCAGCGCAGAGCAACUAAAAGACCUCGGGUGCAAGUGGGUCAUUCUGGGGCAUUCGGAGCGUAGACAUAUAAUUGGGGAAGAUGACCAAUUUAUUGGGAAGAAAGCUGCCUAUGCUUUAAGCCUAGGUCUCGGAGUCAUAGCUUGCAUUGGGGAGUUACUGGAAGAGAGAGAAGCUGGAAAGACUUCGGAUGUUUGCUUCCGCCAGAUGAAGGCAUUUGCCGAUGCCGUCCCUAGUUGGGAUGAUGUUGUAGUUGCCUAUGAGCCUGUAUGGGCAAUUGGAACUGGUAAAGUGGCGACACCAGAGCAGGCUCAGGAAGUGCAUGUAGCUGUUCGCGAUUGGCUGAAUAAGAAUGUUUCGCCAGAAGUUGGUUCGAAAACCCGUAUUAUUUAUGGAGGUUCCGUGAAUGGUGGAAACUGUGCUGAGCUUGCAAAACAAGAAGAUGUAGAUGGAUUUCUCGUUGGCGGUGCAUCCCUGAAGGGUCCUGAAUUUGCUACUAUCAUCAACUCUGUGACUUCGAAAAAGGUCAUUGCAUGAUCGAGAAAAGGUCAUUGCAUGAUCUUGGAAUCUGACUCAGACAGUCCAAUGUGGAGUUUCUUGCAACAGAGGUUUUUCCCGAACAGAGAGAGCCUAGUCGAGUCGAGCCGUGGAUUGUUGUUCAUGGUAGGCCACCUUUACCUUUUCUGUUGUCCUAUAUAAGUAUGAGGUCCAUAUUUUGCUCGGCAAAAAAAGAUCGCACCACAUUUGUGUUGUAGCAAUGUUUCUAUAUAUUUUUAGUUACAGAGUAACCAUAUUUAUGCUGGGCCAAUAAUCGUGAUUUUUCUCAA